CCUCAGCGUAGCUCGCGCGUCGCCCGGGCCCCGGGGGAUGCCCCCGGCCGGGCCCCCCUCAUGGCCGCCGACGUCUUCAUGUGUUCCCCGCGCCGGCCCGCGCGGGGCCGCCCGGUGCUGCUCAAGCCCCAGGUGCCCGAGGACGACGACGACUCGGACACGGGCAGGUCCCCGCCCGCCUCCGGCGCGACCAACGCGGCCCGGGCCCACGCGAGCGCCGCGCUGCCGCCGCUCCGGGCCGGGCCGGGCCGCGAGGAGCCUCCGCGCCGCCAGCAGAUCAUCCACAGCGGCCACUUCAUGGUGUCGUCGCCGCACCGCGAGCACCCGCCCAAGAAGGGCUAUGAUUUCGACACGGUCAACAAGCAGACGUGCCAGACCUACAGCUUCGGCAAGACCAGCUCCUGCCACCUGUCCAUCGACGCCUCGCUCACCAAGCUCUUCGAGUGCAUGACUUUGGCCUACAGUGGGAAGUUAGUGUCUCCAAAGUGGAAGAAUUUCAAGGGCCUGAAGCUCCAGUGGAGAGACAAGAUCCGGCUCAACAACGCCAUCUGGCGGGGGUGGUACAUGCAGUAUCUGGAAAAGCGCAAGAACCCCGUGUGUCACUUUGUCACUCCCCUGGAUGGCUCUGUUGAGGUGGAUGAGCACCGCCGGCCAGAGGCUAUCACCACGGAAGGGAAGUACUGGAAAAGCCGCAUUGAGAUCGUGAUCAGGGAAUAUCACAAGUGGAGGACCUACUUCAAGAAAAGGCUACAGCAGCACAAGGAUGAGGACCUCUCCAGCCUGGCCCAGGAUGACGACAUGCUGUAUUGGGACAAGCAUGGGGACGGGUGGAAGACCCCAGUCCCCAUGGAGGAGGACGCCCUGCUGGACACAGACAUGCUCAUGUCAGAAUUCAGCGACACCCUCUUCUCCACACUCUCUUCUCACCAGCCUGUGGCCUGGCCCAACCCACGGGAAAUAGCACAUCUGGGAAAUGCAGACAUGAUCCAGCCGGGGCUCAUUCCUUUGCAGCCCAACCUGGACUUCAUGGAUACUUUCGAGCCUUUCCAGGACCUCUUCUCUUCCAGCCGCUCCAUUUUUAACUCCAUGCUGCCUGCACCUGCCUCAGUAUCCGCACCAGAUCCCAGCAGCCCACCUGCACAGGAGAGCAUCCUGCCGACCACCACGCUCCCCACCGUGAGCCUCCCCGACAGCCUCAUCGUGCCCCCCACGGCCCCCUCCCUGGACCCUGCUGACGGGCAGGCCUGUGAACGCACUUCCCAGACCGGGGACCCCUUUAUCCAGCCCACGGACUUCAGCCCCUCAGAGCCGCCACUGAAUGUCCUACAGCCCUUCCUCCCAGUUUUCACCAUGCCCCUGCUGUCCCCCAGCCCUGCCCCGCCACCUGUGUCCCCAGCGCUGCCAUUGGUUCCUCCUCCUGCCACUGCCCUGAGCACCCCGGCUCCACCUUCGUUCCUUCAGCCACAGAAGUUUGCUGGAUUGAGCAAGUCACCCUCUGUCAUCACCCACACAGCUUCUGCCACCCUCACCCAUGACGCCUCUGCCACCUUCAGCCAGAGUCAGGGCCUUGUGAUCACGACCCAUCACCCUGCCCCAUCCACGGCCCCCUGCGGCCUGGCGCUGUCUUCUGUCACCCGGCCUCCGGCUGUUGGGCCUCCCCAGCCUCGGUUAACUUUUGUGCCCCCCAAACCUGUAUCAGUGACUGGAGGCAGGCCCAAGCAGCCCCCCAAAAUAGUGCCUGCUCCCAAACCAGAGCCUGUGUCCUUGGUGUUGAAGAACGCUUGCCUCGCCCCAGCUGCCUUCUCAGGCCAGCCACAAGCAGUGAUCAUGACAUCAGGCCCUCUGAAGAGAGAAGGGAUGCUGGCUUCUACUGUGUCCCAGUCCAACGUGGUCAUCGCACCUGCUGCCAUCACCAGGGCUCCUGGAGUGACGGAGUUCCACAGCAGCAUCCUGGUGGCAGACCUCGGCCAUAGCACGAGCAGCCAGCCUGGCCCCGUCUCCCGGCUCUUCUCUCCAAGCACAGUGCAAGACUCCCUGGUGAAAAGCGAGCAGGUCCCUGUCUCAGGGCCCAGCCGGGACUGCCCCAACUCAGGGCAGGCCUCUCCGUGUGCGUCAGAACAGAGCCCCAGUCCUCAGUCUCCCCAGAACAACUGCUCAGGGAAAUCUGCAGACCCCAAAAACAUGGCUGCACUAAAGAACCGGCAGAUGAAGCACAUUUCAGCCGAACAGAAAAGGCGCUUCAACAUCAAGAUGGGCUUCGACACUCUGAACAGUUUGAUCUCCAACAGCUCCAAGCUGAGCAGCCACGCCAUCACGCUGCAGAAGACGGUGGAGUACAUCACCAAGCUGCAGCAGGAGCGCGGCCAGAUGCAGGAGGAGGCCCGGCGGCUGCGGGAGGAGAUCGAGGAGCUCAACGCCACCAUCAUCUCCUGCCAGCAGCUGCUCCCUGCCACAGGAGUCCCCGUCACCCGGCACCAGUUUGAUCACAUGAGAGACAUGUUUGAUGAAUACGUGAAAAGCCGGAUCCUGCAGAAUUGGAAGUUCUGGAUUUUCAGCAUCAUCAUAAAGCCACUGUUCGAGUCAUUUAAGGGGAUGGUGUCCACCAGCAGCCUGGAAGAGCUGCACCGCACGGCACUGUCCUGGCUGGACCAGCGCUGCUCCCUGCCCGUCCUCAGGCCAAUGGUGCUGAACACCCUCCGGCAGCUGAGCACCACCACCUCCAUCCUGACAGACCCGUCCCAGCUGCCGGAGCAGGCGUCAGAGGCUGUCACCAGAAUCGGCAAGAGAUCAGGAGAGUCUUAACCACUUAGCUGGCAUGUGGCCACAUGAGAUGCCAUGGAGACCCUUUCUGCCCGUGGAGAGGAGCCUGCGCCCCCAGCCCUUCCUGACACUCAGCAGCAGGGCCUCCUUUCACCUUUGCCCGCCCCGCUCGGGUGAGAAUGUCAUGCUCAGGUCUGAAGCAGGUUCGGGGCCUGCCGACAGCAAUAGCCCAUCUUCGGGAACCCCUUGCUGUGAACUCUCACUCAGUGACCUCAGUCACCAACCUCCCUGCCCUUGGGCAGCCCAGACAAAAGGGAAGUCAGUGCCGGCUGUACUUGUCCUGUCCUGCUGGUGGCCUGUCAGGGUCCGGUGCCAGUGAGGGGUUGAGGGAGACAAAGCCUGCUCCUGUCUGAGACGUAUGGAUUUGUCCCUGUGCCGCGGCCCAUCCACUCUGCUCCUCUGGCCGGAGCCCCAGCCUGCCCAGGGCAGUUGAAAGGCGUCUUUCUUUCUCCCCGCUCUGGCAGCGCCUGGCCCUUUGGACGGAUUUGGGCUGUGUUCAGGCUGCUGGGGCGAAGUGCCUUCUCCAGAGACCCCCAGGAUACGGGCGAGACGGUGGGUGUGGAUGCACGCAGGACGGGAGCGGAAGCACACGCAACGCACAGCUGCUGCUCUGGCUUGGAAACCCUCCCGAUGGUGUUUCAUCUGUCCUGUGACUGUUCCACCUGGCAUUGCAGGAUCCACAGGGACUCGCCCAGGGCCCUCUCGGGUGUCACCUCACCGCCACAGCCCUUCUGCCAUUAUUCUCCACUUGCUUCCGAGCUGCGGCACAGACAAGCCAGGAGUGUCCAGUGGGAGCGGUUAACCCUUCAGCUCUGGCAUUCAGAGGUCACACUCCACGUUCCUGCCUGUCAGCUGCCACCUCUUGUCUGAUGUCCCACUGGGAGCCCCAAACCAGGACGCUUCUCAGACCAAAGAUGUCACCACACUCAAAGUCUAUCCCGUCUUGUGAUUGGAGGAAGCAUCUGAACGUCAGAGGUCUGAGGGUCGGCCCUCAGAGCUGCCACUGUGUGUCCCCCAGAACGGACAAUAAAGAGCCAGAGCCUGCUCAGAUCUGGUCCAGGCGUUGGCGUGGGCAGCAGGAGGGCCACGGUCUCAGCUCUCCCUUGCCGCUGGCUGCCUCUACACGCAGCUGCUGGGCAGGGGCCCCUAUCACUCAGGAAGCCCAGCCACCGGUCCCUCCUCAUGGAAGAACGAGUUGUAAGGCCUGCAGCAAAGUUUGGAGCAGCCAACAGGCUUCCAUUCCACCUCUGCCCUCCCUGCCACCUCCCCCACCCAUGCCCACAGGUCUGGGGAGGGCUUUGGAGUGAGCUGGGAGCGUGUGGGGAGGGCCACAGGCAGCCCCUGAGGCUUAGAUAAGUCAGAGGCACUCUCUGGCUCCUGGAGGCCGCAGGACUGGGGCUCUGAGGGGCAGCCAGCUCCGCCUCAGCCUCAGUUGAUGGCGGACAGAGAUGGCGGUCUCCCUGUCUCUGGACAUGCCACCACCUCUGCUGUAGGUCACCGACCAGCAGCCUGCUCCCCUGUCUGUGCUGCAGCCCCCCACUAGAGCAGCCUGGGGCACCCUCCGCCACCCCGGAACAUAUUUACAGGCUUUCCGGAUCCCCAGACGAGGCUGGGCCAGUCCUCGGCAUUUCCACUGGGAAUGGUAAUAGCAUCCAUUCUUUACCCCCCAGGAUAAAAAUGGAGUCACCUUUCCAAAGGCAAAGGCCACCGUGGUAAGAAUUCCACUAAGGUCAGAAGGAAAAAAGGAAACAAACUGAAGGUUGCUAGCUGCGAGGGCCUCACGGAGGGCCGUGAGCCCAGCCCUUCCCGACUCCUGUGCCUUUGUAAAACACGCACGUGACCGCGGUGGUUGGCCAAGCAAGCCAAGAUCUCCCUCCUAAAACAAUGGUUUUCUCCUCACCCCCUGCUGGGGAGUAAUUUUUUUUUUUUUUUUUAGCUCUGUGGGAUAUAAAAUUGGCCUAUUGCUCCUUUGGCCUACCUCUCCCCUUUGCUGAAUUAAUGUUCGUGAUUCUGUUUUGUCAAAUAGUGAAGGCUGUUAGGUUGUAUGAGACUUGAAGGGUAUGUGUGCGCGUGCGUGCGUGUAUGUGUGUGCGCGUGCGUGCCUCUGUUACCGUCUGCUAAUGGUCAGCAGACUGCUAACUGUAUGCAUAUCUUUGUUUCGAGAUAUUUCUGUAAAUUCACUUCUCUUGGUGCUCACGAUUACCAUGGCCGUAGGGCCAUAGUGCCGUA